AUGUCGACCCGAAACGUCUUCACCGUGCUGACCCCCCUGCCGCCCAGCAUCACGCGCGAGACGGCCGUCGGCUUCCUCCACAACCACGUCGAGAUGAUCGACCUCAACCCUCUCGUAACGGACCGGCAUCCCAUCGACCCGCCGCCGCACGCGUCGCCCGAGGAGCAAAGCUGCAUCUGGUUCUCCGUCACGGACCGCCUCGCCCACUGGCCCGGCAGCCACGUCUCCUUUACCUGCGCCUUCCACGACCUCGAGCGCGGCCUGCAGACGCACUGCUACGCCCCCCUCGGCGUCGACAUUCGCGAGACGUGGUCCGUCGCGGGUUCUCUGCCCGGCGAGCCGAGAGAGCCCGUCGAGCUGGGUCUCGGCGCGCCGGCCUCGGGGCUCUACCUGCGUGAGGACGUUGACCUGCGCUGCAACUUUGUCAUGGCCACCUUUGUCAAGAGGACGCUCAAAAGGGCCCACGCCACCCUCGUCGAGCAUCUGGUCGCUAAAGCCCAGCUGCAGCAGCAGCAGUCUCAGAGCCAGCAGCGUCCCAUCCAUGCUCCGGCAGACACGCGCGAACAAGGAGCAGCAGAGCUCGAGUAG